CGAUGGGUUCUCUGCAGAGGUGGCGCUGAGGCUGGGGGUUGGACAUGGCACCUUGGCACCAGCCCGACUCCUGCCUGGCUGCCAGUCCCCUGGGCAGCCCCCUGGGCCUGAUAUACUUGUCCCUUUGGCUCGUCCCCGCCACAGCUGGGACCUACUGUGACUGUAGCCUCGGCCUCAGCCGCGAGGCCCUCAUUGCCCUGAUCGUGGUGCUAGCGGGGGUCAGUGCCAGCUGCCUGUGUGCGCUCAUCAUUGUGGCCAUCGGAGUCCUGCGGGCCAAGGGUGAGACGUGUCCCGGACGAAUAGACAGCGGGCUGGUGGGCCACUUUGGGGUCCAGGAGGACCGCAUGGACCUGCACACAGUGCACGUGGAGUCGCGCCUCAUGGACCCUGAUAUGGAGGUCUCCAUGACGGUGCCGCUCGAGGACCAGGGCCUCCUGAGCGUGGACCCUUCCCUGGAGGAGCCGCCCCCGCCCCCACCCCCGCCCCCUCAGUAGGCUGGGGCCACAGGGCCGGGGAUUAAACAGUAUUUAGUGGUCAUGGUUUCCCUUCUUCAGGCUGCGGCACGUGGGAGUGAACGAGGGCAAGGCCCGUGCCCUUGAUGUGCCCUCUGCACCCAGCUCCUCCCUGUGGCUGUUCCAGGAAGCUUUGGGGGUCCUGCCCAUCCCCUGCUCACUGUCCCCACCCUAGGACCCACAACAGUCAACAUAAAAGGCAACGCCCAUCACAGCACUUGGGUGGUGCCCUGGGCUGCUCCCAGGGUCCCCUCAGAUUCCCAGAUUCCUGGGACUGUGCCCUCAUGCCCCCACCAGGAGCCCAC